AUGGGGAAGGAUAGGGAAAAGGAUGGGGAAGAAACAGAGGCAGAGGCAGUAGAAGCAAGAGAGGAAGCACCAGAGGCAGUAGAAGCAAGAGAGGAAGCACCAGAGGCAGUAGAAGCAAUAGAGGAAGCACCAGAGACAGAAGAAGCAAGAGAGGAAGCACCAGAGGCAGUAGAAGCAAGAGAGGAAGCACCAGAGGCAGUAGAAGCAAGAGAGGAAGCACCAGAGGCAGUAGAAGCAAUAGAGGAAGCACCAGAGACAGAAGAAGCAAGGGAGGAAGCACCAGAGGCAGUAGAAGCAAGAGAGGAAGCACCAGAGGCAGUAGAAGCAAGAGAGGAAGCACCAGAGGCAGUAGAAGCAAUAGAGGAAGCACCAGAGACAGAAGAAGCAAGAGAGGAAGCACCAGAGGCAGUAGAAGCAAGAGAGGAAGCACCAGAGGCAGUAGAAACAAGAGAGGAAGCACCAGAGGCAGUAGAAGCAAGAGAGGAAGCACCAGAUGCAGUAGAAGCAAAAGAGGAAGCAGCAGAGGCAGUAGAAGCAAGAGAGGAAGCACCAGAGGCAGUAGAAGCAAGAGAGGAAGCACCAGAGGCAGUAGAAGCAAUAGAGGAAGCACCAGAGACAGAAGAAGCAAGAGGGGGAAGCAGAAGAGCCAACAAAAUGUAA